AAAAAAACUAAUUGUAAAAUACCAAUUAUACCCCCCACUAACUUAAGUUGCCCUAAAUUUUGAAUCAAAGCAAGCCCUGACACUCGCCGGCCUAAUCAACGACCUCCAUGGCAACCUCCACAAAUCAAAGCAAGCCCUGACACUUGUCGGUGACAUGCUCGACCGUGGUGGAGAUGAGAUCAAGAUCCUCUACUUCAUCCAGAAAUUGAAGUACGAAACCGAGAGGAGUGGUGGGAAAAUCAUCACCAUGAACGGCAAUCACGAGAUCAUGAAUGAAAAAAGUGGACUGCCGGUGACAAUGAAAUUAUUUUUUGUCGAGGUGGGAAUAUCGGUGAGAUUGGAGGACUCUGCGGUGUAGAGAGCUUUGUAUAACCCACCGCAACGAGUAAGGAUGUGCUCGGGACGGCGAGUUGAGGAAGACGGCUAGAAAAUAUGUCGACAGCGUUUGUGGGCUUUGGGCAGCAGCAGAGGGUGGUGGUGAGAGCGACGUUAGAGGAUUCCCGACGGCGGCAACAGAGAUGAUGGGACGGCUCGCGGUAGAGAGCGUGGAACAGCGGUGAGUUCUGCAGUUGGUGGCGGCUGGUUCGGCUGUGGAUGACUCGGCCUUGAGAACAGCGACCAAGGCUUCACAGUUUAUAUAUAUACAAAUUUAUUUAUUUUUUUGAUAAUUAUAUGUCUGAAUGAAAUGGCUUGGAUUGACUGUGAAGGAAGAGUGAUGCAUUGCAUUAUAUGUCUAAAUUUUGAUAAUUAAAUUUCAUUUAUACACACACAAAUUUGAAUUUUAAAACCCUAAGCCCUAACAAAACAAAACCAAUCUCACAUCUCUGAUCAACAACAAUCUCAUGAAAAUUUUCAGAUUAUUCAGCUAUAUUUCCAUUGUAUUUCUCUGUUUUGUCUCUGUUUCCAUCGUCGAAGACGAUGUGAAGUGCUUGCAAGGUGUGAAGAACUCUCUCACUGACCCUCAUGGCAAGCUCAAUUCAUGGACUUUCACCAACAAUUCAGUCCGCGUUCUGUGUAAAUUCAUCGGAGUUUCAUGCUGGAACGAUUUUGAAAACCGUCUCUUCAACCUCGGGCUUCGCGGUAUGCAUCUCGUCGGCGAAUUUCCGGAGUCUCUACACUACUGUCAUAGCUUGCAAUCUCUCGAUCUCUCCAGUAACGAUCUCACCGGUUCAAUUCUUACACAAAUCUGUUCUUGGUUGCCUUUUUUAGUAACCCUACAUUUAUCUAAUUAUCAUUUCACUGGUUCAAUUCCGGUUGAUCUUUUCUGACACAAACUAGUAUUCUAGCAGGUUUGAUGAAAAAUGGCAGUAGAAUGAUUUUGAGAAAUAAUAAUAAGAAGACCCUAUUUUGUAUUAUCAAAGAUUCCAUGUCUAUAUACUACCGAAUCUAUAUUCUAUAUAUAUUUCUAUACUACUGAAUCUCUCUCUCUAUAUAUAGAGAGAGGAAAAUACACCAUUAAACAUAUAAAUAUCACAAAAAAAUAAAUUUAUAAAUAAAUAAAUAUAUAUAUAUAUAUAUAUUAAAAAGGGCAGUUUGGACAUUAUCAUAAUUUCACCAGACGCGUGACUUUACACACGCCAGAAAAAUUGAUCCGAUGAGUCCUAGGUGGUAUUUGCAUACUUUAGUAUUUUAGGGAGGAAUUUGUAAUAAAGUGGAUAGUUUUUUUUUUUUUUUUGCACUUUUGCCUAAAUAAAAAUAGUUUCAAAAGGACCCAGUUUUGGCGCUGACAAGAAUCUUUUGCUGUCGCCUAUUACCUUAAUAUUCUAUGUUAUUUCAGCUUUAGUUCCUCCAAUGCCGCUUUGUGGUCAGUGGAGCUCUCUCUCUCUCUCUCACAGUUCCCAUAAGAUUCAAGAAAUCUGAAAUCGCUGACCAUGGCCAAGAAUGGUAACUCAAUCCACAUAAUAAUCAUACUAACUUACAUUCUAUUCAGCUCUGUGUCAACACAAUCUGCUCCUGAAAGUGCACUCAUCACACAGAUUCCUGGUUUCAAUGGCACUUUCCCUUCCAAACACUAUUCUGGGUAUUAUGUGACCAUAGAUGAGAACAAUGGGAAGAAACUGUUUUAUUACUUUGUGUUGUCUGAAAGGAAUCCAUCAGAGGACCCUGUGGUCCUCUGGCUCAAUGGUGGACCGGGGUGCUCGAGCUUUGAUGGAUUCGUCUAUGAGCAUGGACCCUUCAAUUUUGAAUUAGGAAAACCACGGGGAAGCAUGCCUCGGCUGCAUCUCAAUCCGUACAGCUGGUCCAAGGUUUCCAACAUUAUAUAUUUGGACUCUCCGGCUGGCGUUGGAUUUUCUUAUUCAGGAAAUAAAUCCGAUUAUGAUACUGGGGACCUAAAGACUGCUUCUGAUUCACACACAUUUCUCCUCAUGUGGUUUGAGCUAUAUCCGGAGUUCUUUUCCAAUCCAUUUUUUUUAUCUGGAGAGUCAUAUGCUGGAAUAUAUGUGCCGACACUGGCUUAUGAAGUAGCAAAAGGAAUUGAUGCUGGCGUAAAACCCAUUCUCAAAUUCAAGGGUUACAUGGUGGGCAAUGGAGCUACAGAUUUGGAGUUUGAUGGCAAUUCAUUUAUUCCGUUUGCGCACGGAAUGGGCCUUAUCCCAGAUGACCUAUUUGAGGAAGUUACUACCGAGUGUCAAGGACAUUAUUAUAAUCCAAUCAGCACCAAUUGUGAAAACAAGCUUGCAAAAGUUGACAGAGAUAUUGAAGCUUUAAAUAUAUACAACAUUUUAGAGCCAUGCUAUCAUAGCCCAGAAACGGGAGGCAUUGAAAAUGUUUACAUGCGGUUACCAUCUAGCUUCAGGAAAUUAGGCGAGACUGAAAGACCUUUUCCUGUACGAACAAGAAUGUUUGGUCGUGCCUGGCCUCUUAGAGCUUCCGUAAGAGAUGGAAUUGUCCCAACUUGGCCACAGCUUCUCAACAGUAACAAUCUUCCAUGCACUGAUGAUGAAGUUGCAACUGCAUGGCUGAACAAUGAAGCAGUUCGGAAAGCAAUUCAUGCUGAACAGGAAAACGUAUCAGGCAGUUGGGAGUUAUGUACAGGCAGAAUUUUAUUUCAUCAUGAUUCUGGAAGCAUGAUCAAGUAUCACAAGAACCUCACAUCCCGAGGAUAUCGGGCACUCAUUUUCAGCGGGGACCAUGAUAUGUGUAUUCCAUACACUGGAAGUGCAGCAUGGACACGAUCCAUGGGAUACAAAAUUGUGGAUGAAUGGAGGCCUUGGAUUUCCAAUGGACAAGUUGCUGGGUAUAUACAAGGAUAUGAUAACAAUCUCACAUUCCUCACUGUAAAGGGUUCUGGACAUACCGUCCCAGAAUACAAACCGCGUGAAGCAUUGGACUUUUCUAGCCGUUGGUUGGCAGGGAAGACAAUAUGAAAGAAUUUCAAUGGCUACUUAGAGAGAAGGAAAGAGAAGCAUGAGACCAGGCUAAGAGAGCAAGUUUUCUGAUGCACCGUCUGUUGUUUACGCAAGGAGAACAGUUUUGGUUGCAUUUAUCAUAGCUUUUUUUGGAACUUUCAUCAGGAAUCCACUUAGCAACUAAACAUCAGCAAGCACUGUAAUUCAAAUCACUGAUGGAACGCGAUUUUGACAUCCACUUAGCAACUAAACAUCAGCAAGCACUGUAAUUCAAAUCACUGAUGGAACGCGAUUUUGACAUAUUCAAAGCUAUGGGCUCUAUUUGUCUCCACGAAAAUUGUAUCAAUGUUGAAUCAAUAUGUAUCAUCUUGUUUUAUUGUGCAUCCGUAGAUUGUAUGCCAUGACUUUGAGGUAUGCUUGUAUGACUUGUAUGACACUAGUCAUUGGAAUGGAAACUGGUUGAGCUAAUGGUAUAUAUAUUCGUCGAACAAAAAGCUAAUAAAAUGUCUAGUUCAU